UCCCUCCCUCCUUCGGCAGCCAUGAGCGGUCCUACAUAUGCGCCGUAUUUUGGCGUCGAGAUUGAAAUCUUCGUCAAACCCUGGGAUGCGUGGAAAAGGCAUUUACUAGAGCUUGACAGGUCACGCCGGAAAAGACCAGGUGCCUGGAAAGAUUGGGACCUCUCGCUCAAGAACAGCGAGUCCAACAAGAAAAAAAAGCUUGCCCAAAACAAGCGUGCUGGGAACAUCGUCAAGUCCAUCAUCGACGAGGCUCUAGGAAGCAACUCUUGGAAAUGCGCUACCGAUGGCAGUCUUCACGACGAAUUGCUCACGGAGCCGGAUAAUCCCAGAGAUUGGUGGGGCAUCGAGAUCGUCUCGCCGGCCCUGUCGUCGUCCCGAAGGUGGCAGUCCGAGAUCCGGGAGGUCUUCGACGCGUUGAGAGCCAAGUUCGAAUUUUGGACCAACGAAAAGUGUUCCUGCCACGUGCACGUCACGCCAGGCCCGGACAAGGGCGCCAAGUAUACGAUCCCCCAGCUCGUCCGGGUGGCGAAGGGGGCAAUCUACUGGGAAAAGGCUCUCUGCGACCUCCUCCCGCCCGAGCGUCGCGACAAUCGUUUCGCCAGGCCCAAUCACGAGAGGAUUGCAACCCAGGAGUACAAAUACAUCGAGGAGAACCCGCGGACGCCAGCAAAUAUGCGGCUGGCGCCGUGGGAGUCGGUGUUUCGAAAGAUCGAAAAGGCAGCCGACCACGAAGAGGACGUCCGGCUGAACAUGUUUAUCUGGGAAAUGUCUGGCCGGACGGACGAAUACAAAACAAGAUACACAUCGACCAAUUUCCGAGCACUGACUAGGCACGGGACGGUCGAGUUCCGCCGCCAGGCCGGGGCUGCCUCGGCCACGACCGUGAUCCACCGUGCGGUCCUCGCUCUCACGCUCCACGCCAGCGCCAUGCGUUACGAUUUCGACGCGGUCAAGAAGAGGACGACCAUGCCCACCGUAGACGAACUGAUCAAGGAGCUGGCCGGAUGCAUGAACAACCUCCCCAAGACCUGCCAGGGCUCUCGAUUCAUCAACUGGCUCAAGUGGUGCCGCGCAACCUACUCCGGAAAUCACCAGCCGCCCGAGCGUACCAUCAAUUCCGUCGAGCAAUCCCUGCGAUUAGGGGGGCAGUACCCG